AUGAUGUACCACCGCAUUAACAACGAGAUCGAACAGAUCUCCGACACAGGGGCCACACUCCGAGUCGAAAAAAGCCCUUCCGAGCAGUUACUCCUAUCUGUGCUGACAUCCAACCCACCUGAUGCAGCUGACCAGCUCAAACGAGCGCUGCCCUUCCAGCCACGCUCGUAUCGAGACUUCAUGCUCUUUGAGGCACAUUACUAUGGCGUCGCCAUGGGGAUGACAUCCUUGUACCGGCCCUCGGCGCACCAUCUCGCACGCCUCUACUCUUUUCUGACCGGAGGCGGCGAGUUCCCGCUCUUCAAGCCGCAUCCCCUGUGGUACCAGCAGCCCAUUUUCUACCAGUCAAAUCACCUGGCCUUCUACCAUGACGGCGCCCCGAUCCGGUAUCCCAAGUAUGCCGAAUAUCUGGACGUAGAGCUCGAGCUCGGCGUCGUCCUAGGCAAGGAGCUGUGCAACGCAACGCCCCAGGAGGCGGAGGAUGCGAUCGCAGGGUUUUGCGUUUUCAAUGACUUUUCGGUGCGGAAUGUACAAAUGGCAGAGAUGGAUAGCGGAUUUGGCCCCCAGCACUCCAAGUGCUUUGCGAACAGCAUCUCAUCGACCGUGGUCUCAGCGGAUGAGGUCAUACCCAAGCUUUCCAACCUCAGAGGCCGAGUCAUCAUCAAUGACAAGGUGGUCAAGGAGUGCAAGGCGGACAGUUGGCAGUUCUCCAUCGGAGAGGCGAUUGCACAUGCGUCGAGGAGCACGCGGCUUUACCCUGGUGAGUUCUUCGGCUCUGGCACCUUUCCCUCAGGGGCUGGGAUUGAGCACGCGGCCUUCCAGCUCAGGGUGGGAGAUGUGGUCAGACUCGAGAUAGACGGAGUAGGAAGUGUGACCAAUACGAUUGUUGCAGAGGACUAA